AUGAAGUGCGAAAGAGCCUUGCAAUGCAUCGUCGGCGGCUGGGGCUACCUCAACGCCACGUUGACUAACACCAACACCGGCGAGCUCAUCCCCGAAUGGCACAGCAUCUACCCCUCCGGCGGCUCCGUCUACGCGCCCUCCGGCCACAUCUCCUUCGUCAUCACCGCCAACGACACCACCCAGGCAGACGUGCGCCCCAAGGACGUUUCUCUCCCCGCAAAGCCCACCGACUCGGAGCACGACUGGGCCCUCGUCGCGCAGCACAGUCUCGGCGUCUUUGGCAACUACCGCUUCUCUAACGUGACCUGCGACGGCGGGGACGACAAGCGCGGCAAGCGCGGCGACAAGGGCAAGGGUAAAGACGGCAAGGGCGAGAACUGCAAGAAGGGCCCCUCGGGCGUGUUGACGGUCGACGUGACCUCGGCCACUCUUCCCAGCUACGUUGGGCUGGAGCUCGUGAACACAUUUGAGUUCACGGACGACUGCAGCAAGCAUAUGCUCAAGGCUGACUUUGGCGGCGGGUUGGUCCAGACUGUCUGGUUCUACCGCCUGCCUCAGAAGGAUAUUUUUGAUUAG